AAACUCGCCUGGCAUUGCAGAAUCCAGAUCUCUUUCAAGGAGACAUUUUAGGAUUUGAACCUGGAGAUAGAAAUGUUGUUCCUUACGAGAGGCGAAGAUGGCCCAAUAAACGCAUUCCUUACGUUAUUGACAGAUCUCUGGAAAAACACACUAAAUUAAUUCUGAGUGCAAUGAAAAAUUAUGAGGAUAAUACGUGUCUCAGAUUUGUGCCCAGAACUACAGAAAUGAAUUACAUCAAGCUUUUCGAAGGAGAAGGGUGUUACUCGUACGUUGGUAUGAUCAAUCGUGGGUUGCAACCAUUGUCUCUCGGAGAAGGAUGCGAUUAUAAAGGAACUAUAGUGCAUGAGCUGGGACAUGCUAUCGGUUUCUUUCACGAGCAAAACAGAUCUGACAGAGAUGACUACCUCAUUAUCUUCUGGGAAAAUAUUGAACGAGGUAUGGAAACACAAUUCGCUCUUCUGAAACCCAGGCAAAAUUUGCUUCUGACACCUUUCGAUCAUGACUCCAUUAUGUUAUAUGGGAAUUAUGCUUUUUCGAAAGAUGACAAAUCUAUGACGAUGGUUGCAAAGAAUGGCAAAGAACUUUUGGAACCCUAUGAUAAAGAAGGCCUCACCAGAAGCGAUAUCAGACGUGUCAAGCUCAUGUACGAUUGUUGAUAUGCCCCGUUCUUAUAAAUAAGGAAAUAAAAUUCUUUUUUAGACUAUGUUUCUAAA